UCCAGGGAAGGACCACGAAGCAAACAACCAGUUUUUUUAUUUGCGUGAUCGCGUCGCUCCCGGGAAAGACCACAAAGGAAGGACCACCGUCAUCACCAACAACAUGAGAGCUUUCCAGAGCUGUAUUCUACCCCUCGUCUCCAUACUCUUCCUCAUUAACGACAGUGAAGCCCUACAAUGCUACACCUGCAUGGGUUCUACUGAUGAAGACUGCAAUCGUCAGGGCUCAAAAAGCUGUCCGAGCUACUCUGACGCCUGCGCGGUAGUGCGAGGUCAUGGAAGUGAGUUACACAGCGGAGUGAUGAAGUCCUGCUCCUACAAGUCUUUCUGUAGCCAGGCCAACAGUCAGGGUUACCGGUCGCCAGGGGUCAGAGUUCACUGCUGUUUCUCUGAUGACUGCAACGUGACAGGAAACGCAUCCAAGCUGGAAGGAAGUCUCAGCUACCUGCUGCUCCUCCUUCCCCUGCUCCUCCACUGGAUCUCAAACUAAACAUAUAGCCCUGACCCAACACAAACCAACAGCCAUACCAACUACCCCACAUACCUCCCUACCCUACCCUACUCUACCCGACUCUAACCCUAACUCUCCAAGCCUCAGCUACCUUCCCCACUCUUGCUAUGGCCGACUACACCAUCUAACUCUGCCUAUCUAAAGCAUCUAAAGUAACACUCCCAACCCUAAAAUAACCAUUGAUAUCACCAUAUAACCAACCCAGAACAAACCUAACCCAAACCAACCCAGAACAAAUGAAACCCAACCAAAUCCAACCAAGAAC